CUUCUUUCUCUUUCUCUUUUCCUUUUUCUCUUUCGCUUCCUACUCUUUCUACUCUGCGGCCUUUCUUUGCUUUUGGGAGCCCUUUUGUCUUGCUCUAUUUAUCUAUUUAAAUAAUUCUUUGUGACGCUUCGAACACGACUCCACACACUUAAAAACAACACUCCACAUACACAACUGUUUUGAAAAACCAUGGCCGCUGCCACCGGUGGUCUUCCUCUCGUGCCGCUCUCCCCACUCGCCAAAUCAGCUCUAUUGUGCAAGCAUGCAUACACCGAAGCAAACGACAAGCUUUCGGAGGCAAAGCAGACUAAACCAUCGGUGACGGUGGCGACCCUGAGAAGACUCAUUGAAGACACACGGGUCGAACGACGAAGGCUCGACACUUUUGAACACCAAAUGGAAUCUGUGCAGGCCGCCACAGCCUUUAAUUGGGACCCGGACGUUUUGGCCCGACAAAUUGCCGCCAUCGACUGCCAGCUAUACGCCAAAGUCAUUUUAAAAAAGAAAUGGCUGUGUCAAUUGGACAAGAAGCAAUCCAAACUUGUACAUCUCGUCGACUUUCAUCGUUACCUUACACAUAGCUUUGCUCAUCAGCUUAUCUACUGGUCGGAGCUCUCCUCGUUGGCCUCGUCCAUGUCCUCGAGUAAUAACAACAGCAACAGUAACAAUUCGCUCAGUCAUAGUUUAGGCGUGGUGCCGCCAAUACAUCCCAAGGAUAAUUUGAUCACUCAUUUGGUUAAGGUGGCGUACCUCUUGGUACAUGUGUAUCGCGAUAUGAAUGGAUUUGCCGCGAUCAUGCGUGCCUUAAUGCUCCCCGAAGUACGACGCCUUCGCAAGUUGUGGCAGGCGUGUUCGUCACGAGCACGCGACAUGUACCGCGAACUGGCACAAAUCAUGUCUCCGUCUAAAAAUCAUCAGGCGUACAACGAUCUCAUGCAUCGCAAGCUCGAAUUAUUCCACCAGCACUCGUCGAAUGGCUCCACUGUGGCCGUGCCCUGGAUCCAGCCGCAUCUCUCGGAAAUCCAAUCGAUCACCAAAGAAUAUACCGCGGGUGAUCAUGACAACUAUCGAGCCGCACGCAUUGGUGAAAUGGUCCUAUCGGCUCCGGGUGCCCGAAAACUCUCCAUGGUCGUUGCUGUUCUCGAGCUGUGCCAAGUCAAUGCCACAACAGAGUCGGCGGAUCUCAUUGAAGAACUUUCCAGUAAGAAUACUAGACGCAUGUCGUUCAAACCAAUCCAUGUCGACGGUCUUAGAGGCACCGUUGUCCCACCCGCUGAUCUCAACGGAUUGUUGCCUGGCGAUGUCGUUGCUCAUCACUGGUUGGUUUCACGCGUUUAUUUGACAAAGGAUCAGUUGAUCAGCGAAAGUAUCGAAGUCGAGCCAUUGCAGCCGGGUGAGACGCUGGCGUGUGACACCGGAAUUGAGGAAGAGGAGUUGCUGGAGCGGGAUAUGGCUGAUACGGAUGCUGUGCUGGGUAGCGUGCCCUCAAAUUCACGACGUGCCAGCUUGACACUUGAUGUGGACCGUGAUGACAAUGGUGACGACCGUAACGAUGACAGCGAUAGUAACCAGGGUGAUCAUCCGGUUGCUACGGAAACCAUACCACUGCCACCGGUACCUACACAAGAGCCGCAGCCACAAAUUACCCUAGCGUCACCCAUGCCUCCACCAUCGCCUGUACAGCCGGUGGAACCUGAGCAGCCAACUCAGCCAGCUCAGCAGGAGCAGCAACUUCCGGAGGUAGAGGAGGAGCAAUCGGUGAAGCCAAUAGAGGAAGAUCUUCACAAUGUCUGGAGCAGCACAAACGACGACGUCAGUCAUGCGGAGGAGAAUAGCAAACAGCCGGAUGUGAUGGAAGAAGCAAGUGGCAACGAUCAGCACAAGCGUGAAAAGAGUCUGACGAAUCAAUCGACGCAGUCGGGAUCAACGCAGCAAGAAUCGUCAGCAAGCAAACAGACCAAGAAAUCCCGCCUGUCACCCACAGCUCCUGAAUUUGUGCCUUCGCGUAAACUUUCCACCAGCGGCUUGACAGCCGAACCCCCAUCCUCAGUGGUCGUAUCUCCUGCAUCCUCUGUUCAAGAUGUACGCGAGCUCCCAGCGCCUAUUGCGGAAGAAGAACAAGAAGUAACCGGAAACAAUGAACAUGAUUCCGAGGAGGAAUGGCACGGGUACUUGUAUUAUGACAAGAAGCAGGACGAGACGGAAUCAGAGACAUGGAACGGAUAUCCGAGCCCACCUUUGGAAGAAAGCAACAACAGUAGUAAUAGCGCCAAGGGAGGACCAGGCGGAGCACGACGUAUAUCGACAUCGCCAUCCGAAAGUUCUGAAGAGUGGAAAGGAUACCACGCAUCCAAAAUGGAAGCGGUCUGGCAACGCGAGAUCGAUCUUCAAGUACAAGAACGCGACUGGCAGGGUUAUACACUGGAAACACUGAACGAGGAUGAACUGGACUCGAGUACCAUGAUGGAUGGCGAAUUUGAAAAGUCGCGGCAAGCAAGGCGUCAAGAUGAUCCUAUUGAAUCGUUCCGUCGGCAUCAAGAAAAUAGCAAAAACAGCCCUAAUAAUAACCGACGGGCGCCUAAGCUGCGUUCAUAAAUAACCUUUUCAUACUCUGCCCCACCCCCCAUCCAGUAGUACAUAAGUAUAACCCUAAAGUUCUCUUUCUAUCUAACCCCCACCAACCCCAUUACACUAUCCAUCAUCCUAUAUAUCUCCCCUAUACCCCCUUCCUUGUGUCGUGUAAGUGAUCAGUCUCUCUUUUACCUUAUGUUGUGGGAUUAUGUUUUUUAUUAUAAAAAAAGGAUCGCGUCAACUCUUCUCUCUUUCUCCCCAUCCUUUAUAAUAUAUUUAUCUCAUUUUGAUAUCAUUCAACCAUUAAAACCAUAUUGUCGAUAUCGAGUUAGGAAAGAUCUUU